UCUGUGGUGCCAAGAGAUGGUGCUGACUUUCUCUUUGUCUUUCAGACCCAAACUCUUCAAUGAAGACUGCCAACCACACAGAGGUAAGAGAGUUUAUUUUCCAAGGCUUCUCAAGCUUCCAAGAACAUCAGCUCACACUCUUUGUGGUGUUUCUCACCCUGUACAUUCUAACUCUGGCUGGCAAUGUCAUCAUUGUGACUAUUAUCCAUAUUGACCAUCAUCUCCACACCCCCAUGUACUUCUUUCUAAGUGUCCUCUCCACAUCAGAGACUUUCUACUCCCUGGUCAUCAUCCCACGCAUGCUUUCCAGUCUUGUAGGCCUGAGCCAAUCCAUUUCCCUGGAGGGCUGUGGGACCCAGCUUUUUUUCUUCCUUGGCUUUGCCAUCACCAACUGCCUUCUGUUGGCAGUAAUGGGAUAUGAUCGCUAUGUGGCCAUCUGCAACCCACUUCGUUACUUAAUCAUCAUGAAGUGGAGGGUCUGUGCCAUGCUGGCAUCCUCAGUCUGUGCCACAGGGUUCUCACUCUCACUGGUUCAGGCUGUGGCCAUUUUCAGACUGCCCUUUUUACGCAAGAAUCACACUUUGGUGAGUGAGUUCACUUUCCAGGGUUUCUCCAGCUUCCAUGAGCACCAGCUCCCUCUCUUUAUCAUGUUCUCUACACUGUACAUCUUAACCCUGGCAGGCAAUACCAUCAUUGUGACCAUCAUUAGCUUUGAUCGCCACCUCCACACGCCCAUGUACUUCUUCCUCAGCACGCUGUCAGCUUCAGAGACCGUGUACACACUCGUCAUUAUACCCAAGAUGCUCGAUAACCUCAUAGGCCCGAGUCGGCCCAUUUCUCUGGCAGGCUGUGCCACUCAGAUGUUCUUCUUCAUCACUUUGGCCAUCAACAACUGCUUCCUGCUCACAGCCAUGGGGUAUGACCGCUACGUGGCCAUCUGCCACCCCUUGAGGUACUCUGUCAUCAUGAACAAGAGGGUGUGCAUCCAGCUGCUGGGAGGCGCCUGCAGCAUUGGGCUGAUUGUGGCCAUGACACAGGUUUCAGCUGUAUUCAGGCUGCCCUUCUGUACCACAAAGGUGGCCCACUUCUUCUGUGACAUCCGGCCUGUGAUGAAGCUCUCCUGCAUUGACACCACUGUCAAUGAGAUCCUGACUCUGAUCAUCAGUGUCUUGGUGAUCCUGGUUCCCAUGGGACUGGUUUUCACUUCCUAUAUCCUCAUCAUCUCCACCAUCCUAAAAAUUGCCUCAGCUGAGGGCCGGAAGAAGGCCUUUGCCACCUGCACCUCUCACCUCACUGUGGUCAUCGUCCACUAUGGUUGUGCCUCCAUUGCCUAUCUCAAGCCCAAGUCAGAGAACACCAAGGAUCAGGACCAGCUGAUCUCAGUGACCUACACCAUCAUUACCCCGCUACUGAACCCUGUGGUGUACACCCUGAGGAAUAAAGAGGUCAAGGAUGCUCUGCUCCGGGCCAUUGGCAAGAAGCUUUCCUGACAAGAUG